CGUCCGCUCUCUUGCCCCAGACUAGAAGGACCCGGGUGGGCUUAGUACCGUUUUAAUUUUAAGCAAAGCCUGACAAAAAAAACCCCGCAAACAUGAGCAGGAAAUUCUUCGUUGGUGGAAACUGGAAAAUGAACGGCGACAAGAAAAGCCUCGGGGAGCUCAUCCAGACAAUGAACGGAGCCAAGGUGGACCCCAAUGUCGAGGUGGUCUGCGGCGCUCCAUCCAUCUACCUGGAUUUUGCCCGGUCCAAACUGGAUGCCAAGUUUGGUGUGGCAGCUCAGAACUGCUACAAAGUUCCCAAGGGUGCCUUCACUGGGGAGAUCAGCCCUGCGAUGAUCAAGGACUGUGGUGUAAACUGGGUGAUCCUGGGACACUCUGAGAGGCGCCACGUCUUUGGAGAGAGCGACGAGCUGAUUGGUCAGAAGACAGCUCAUGCUUUGGAGAGUGGUCUUGGUGUGAUCGCCUGCAUUGGUGAGAAGCUUGAUGAGAGGGAGGGAGGAAUCACAGAGAAGGUGGUGUUUGCUCAGACCAAAGUCAUCGCAGACAAUGUAAAGGACUGGAGCAAGGUUGUGCUUGCUUAUGAGCCUGUGUGGGCCAUCGGCACUGGCAAGACUGCCUCACCACAGCAGGCUCAGGAAGUUCAUGAGAAACUGAGGGCAUGGCUGAAGACCAACGUGUCUGAGGCUGUAGCCAACUCUGUGAGGAUCAUCUAUGGAGGUUCAGUGACUGGUGGUACUUGUAAAGAGCUUGCCUCCCAGAAGGACGUUGAUGGUUUUCUUGUGGGCGGAGCCUCUCUCAAGCCAGAGUUUAUUGAAAUCAUCAACGCCAAGGCAUAAAAACCCAGGCGACUGCCAGAUGACCAGAUUAGAGGCCUGCUCCAUUCAGACGGUCUCCUUCCAUCUGCCUUAGUCUCAGCUCUUAGUCCUCUUCCCUCUUAAAUUCAAAGUAUUUGUGUAAUGAUGUCAUUCCCUCCGUUUUUCUUUCCUUUCUUUUGGUACAUUUUGUCAUGAAGAAAAGGGACAGGUUGGCACAUGCACUGUACUGUACUGAUAAGUCUACUGAGAGCAGGCUGUGUGUAAACUAACCUACACUAAGUGCUCAAGCAGUAAAGGCUGACACCUUAGAGUGGAUGGACAGUCCACGCCUUUACUUGAAAAGUUUACAAACUUUUUGUGUAAACAGUGUCACAGCUCUUGUUAAUCCUGUUUAUUUGUCUUUUUAUUUGUGUCUCUUUGUGUAAUUAUGAUCUGUGGCUUUUACCUCCCUGUAGAUGUGCAUGAUCCAAUUUUUCAUCGGUUGUUUUGUUGAGAGAAAAAUAUUCAUUACAUGUGAACAAUAUUAUGUCAUGACCGAUGAGGAAAAGGGAAGAAAGGCUAUAAGAAAACAUAAUAAACGGUUUAGAGACUAA